AUCCCAACACAGGGAGCAUUACAUCCAGUACCCAUUGAUUACCAACCACAAGCAACUUGCUGCCCGGUCCCACUGCUGGGCCACUGACCACAGGCAACAUCUUGGCCAGUUCUACUGCUGGGCCACUGACCACAGGCAACAUCUUGGCCAGUCCCACUGCUGGACCACUGACCACAUCGCACAUAGUUCCACCGUCAGUAAAGUUUCACUCAAGGGCCAUUGAGGAUGGAUAACGAUAAACCAGAGGAGUGUAAAGUGUGCUUUAACAAUUAUGAUGAACUACGUCGACCACGCAAUCUGCCGUGUGGUCACACAUUCUGCUCUCAAUGUAUUGAAGAUACAAUUAAGAAUGCUCAGCUCACCUGCCCCAGCUGUCGUGCUGAGCACAGUGCCACAGAUGCUACUCAGUUCCCGAUCAACUAUGCUAUGGAGGCUGUGAUAAAGAAACUCAGAAGUAUCCAGGUUACAUCAGUGCAAAGUGUGUCAACAAAAUGUGGUCAAGAUCGCACAAGAGGCAUCAGCAAGAAGUUACGAUCUUUGGUACAGGAACACAAGAGCAGUAUCAGUAACCUUAUAAUUGAGUGUGAAGAAGCACUGUCCCAGCUGGGCAAGUACCAGGGACAGGUGAGGGACUGGAAGACCCAGCAUCACCAACUGCAGGACAGACUCUAUGAUCUGCUGGAGCAGAACAAGGCAGCGAUAGAGCUCCUGGAACAGGAGGAUACCAGUGUGCUGACUAUGACAACAGAAGGAGAAGCAGGAAAGAAGCAGCUGCAGACAAUGCUGGAGAACCUCAACACAGUCAACACUGCACAGGAGGUCGUCACAACCUUUGAUGAGGCUGAUCACUACAACGUGGAGGUUGAAGAUUGGAUCCAGAAGUGUCAGGAACUCUUCCCAGAUGUUAACACUGUCUACACCUCAGUAAAGGAUAACGACAAACCAGAGGAGUGUAAAGUGUGCUUUAACAAUUAUGAUGAAGAACUACGACGACCACGCACUCUGCCAUGUGGUCACACAUUCUGCUCACAGUGUAUUGAAGAUACAAUUAAGAACUCUCAGCUCACCUGCCCCAGCUGCCGUGCUGAGCACAGUGCCACAGAUGCUACUCAGUUCCCGAUCAUCUAUGCUAUGGAGGCUGUGAUAAAGAAACUCAGAAGUAUCCAGGUUACAUCAGUGGGAACAGUGUCAACAAAAUGUGGUCAAGACCGCACAAGAGGCAUAAGCAAAAAGUUACGAUCUUUGGUACAGGAACACAAGAGCAGUAUCAGUAACCUUAUAAGUGAGUGUGAAGAAGCACUGUCCCAGCUGAGCAAGUACCAGGGGCAGGUGAGGGACUGGAAGAUCCAGCAUCACCAACUGCAGGACAGACUCUAUGAUCUGCUGGAGCAGAACAAGGCAGCAAUAGAGCUCCUGGAACAGGAGGAUACCAGUGUGCUGACUAUGACAACAGAAGGAGAGGCAGGAAAGAAGCAGCUGCAGACCAUGCUGGAGAACCUCAACACAGUCAACACUGCACAGGAGGUCGUCACAACCAUUGAUGAGGCUGAUCAGUACAAUGUGGAGGUUGAAGAUUGGAUCCAGAAGUGUCAGGAACUCUUCCCAGAUGUUAACACUGUCUACACCUCAAUCUUCGUGGGAUGAGUGAGAGCGUCAAGAGGCUGGUGGAGGCUGGCCUGGUGUUUGGUGUCCAGCAAGACCAAGAUGACCUCCGCUACUCCAGGAUAACUUUACAAGAUGGUCAACUGUAUCUCCAUGUUCUCCAGGACCAACCACUACCCACCCACGCCCACACUAUCCAGGUGAGCGAGGUGUUGGAGGCGCUGGAUCACUCCUCCACUCUGGUAUUUCUUGACCUGGCCUGGCCUGGAUCACUGCCCCAGCCUGGAUCACUGCCCCAGCCUGGAUCACUGCCCCAGCCUGGAUCACUCGCCAGGUGUGGAUUACUGCCCUGGCAUGGAUCACUGGCCUGGCUUGGAUCACUGGCAUGGCUUGUAUUACUGGACUGGCUUGGAUCACUGGACUGGCUUGGAUCACUGGCCUGGCUUGUAUUACUGGCCUGGCUUGGAUCACUGGCCCUGCCUGCAUUACUGGCCCAGCCUGGAUUACUGGCCCAGCCUGGAUCACUGGCCCAGCCUAGAUCACUGACCCAGCCUGGAUCACUGGCCCAGCCUGGAUCACUGGCCCAGCCUGGAUCACUGGCCCAGCCUGGAUCACUGGCCCAGCCUGGAUCACUGGCCCAGCCUGGGUCACUGGCCCAGCCUGGGUCACUGGCCCAGCCUGGAUCACUGGCCCAGCCUGGAUCACUGGCCCAGCCUGAAUCACUAGCCCAGCCUGGAACACUGGCCCAGCCUGGAUCACUGCCCCAGCCUGGAUCACUGGCCAGCUGGAUCACUGGCUGGAUCAAACAGACUCCACAUCCAGCUGAGUGGUAACACUACACUGACCAGACAGUUUGUGUUGUUGUGUACUGGACAACACUCAGGCUCCUCCUACCUCAACACUAAACUGUUGGAGGUGGAGAACAAGGGUCAACCAGGGGAGUGUGUGUAUGGUGGAGACUACCAGUA